UCAAUCGGUCCCAAAGUCCACACAUCCACAUAGCAAUGUCAAACUCUUGAACAAAAUCGCGUCCUCUAAUUGGCCAAGUUUUGAUAGACAGGAUUUCUGAACGCGCCGUCUAGAAAAAUCUGGAUUUGUACAAGAUGGCUGUGCUAGGGAGCCCACUUCGUCGCCUCACCCUGGUGAUUCUCCUGUUCUGCCUCUUCAUGGGCAGUACAUCUUGGAGGAGGCGGCGUUCUGGAGGGUGUGUUUGUCAGCUUGGCGUUUGGGGAUCAUGGAGCACUUGUUCUGCGCCGUGUGGAAACAGUGGCGAAAAGACCCGUUAUCGCACUAACUACUGUUGUAACGGUAUCGAGGGCGCGUCAUCACAGUCGCAGUCAUCCUCAUGUAACCGGUUCUGCUACAACAGCGGGACUCCGGUCGGCAACGGCUGCUUCUGUACCUCACAGUACGAGGGGCGAUGCUGCAGUCUCCACAGACCAUCAGGCCUUAACAUCUAUCAGCAAGGAAUCUCCAACAACGUCAACGUUAACCAGCAAAGCGGCUCCAACAACGUUAACCAACAAGGAAACAACGUCCACCAGAGCACAAGUCUGUCCACAAGCACGCAACUCGGCAUCGGCCUCGGUGUCUCUUUCUCAGUUAUAUUUGUGAUAAUCAUAAUCGUCCUCAUCCCUCUUUGCUGCUGUAAGUGA